CGCCAGCCCCAGCCGCAUGAAGCCGGCGCGCGUGGGCGCAUGGACGGCGCGCCAUGUUCGUGCAAGCGGUCUUGCGAGGAGGGCUCUACGCCACGUUGUGAGCGCUUCGAGCGCUGGGUACAGAGCUCUUCGGCUGAGACGCUUCCGCGCGACAAGGGCUACGCCGAGCUGCUCCAGCAGGAGAUACCCCCGCUGCAGCUGCGGGAAGUGUACAGCGACGUCGAGAGGACAUGCCCCGGCCUGUCAUACUUCCAGGUGUCUGGGGGGCGCGAAAAGUUGACCAACGUGCUCAAGGCGUGGGUGGCGUACGAUUCUGGUGGGAGUGUGGCAGAAGGUCAGCGCCACGACUCCGUGGGGUACGUGCAGGGGAUGAGCGCGAUCGCCUCCCAUUUGUUGUGGCACGCUGGUGAAGAGGAGCCGACAUUCUGGGUGUUCGCUGCCAUGAUGAUCAACUGCGGGCUGCAAGGCAUGUUUGCUCCCCCGGACAUGGCCGGCUUGCGCAUGCGGAUCUUCAUCUUGACGCAGUUGUUGAUGGAGGCAAUGCCUGAUCUGGGAGAGCAUUUGGCAGAGCACCUUGACAACGACCUUGGCCUCGUUGUAACAGACUGGCUGGUUACACUGUUCGCAGGGUACGUCCCAUUGGAUCCAUUGGCUUUACUUUGGGAUCGGUUCUUCAAAGAGGGAUACACCGCGGUGUACAGGCUGGUCCUGGCAAGACUGCGGUGCUUGCGACCAUGGCUGCUGGCCGAGACCGACUUCACGACCCUGGCUCGGCUCAUCAAGGCCACACACGUUGAUUUCCAUUUGGACGCUGGAGUACCCAGGCCGCAGCUGCCCGAGACGGCGCUGGUCGUGACCGACGACGCCGCGGGGCAGCCGGCCUGGACGUGCCUGGCGUGCAACGGCAGCGAGUCCUGCGGCUCCUGGCACAUGCUCGUGGCGCUCCUCGCAGAAGAGCGGGUCUGGGGCAUGCGCGUCGCCGAGCUGGAGAAGAUGUACACCGGCCCCCGGCAGGACCCCGGUGGAGCUGCCGCCAGCGGCAGGGCGGCGGCGGGCGCUGCGGCCCGCGAGGCUGACUACGCCAUGCAGCCGACCGAUGGCCGGGGGGUGCAGCGCGCCGUCGUGGCGCCCGCGCAUUUCCGGGAGUACAUCUUCGCGCUGGAGGCCGAGAACGCACAGCUGCGCGGCGAGCUCGGGCAGGCCAGGGACGACCUGGCGCAGGCACAGAGCGACCUGGCACGCCUGCAGUGCCGGCUGUCGGAGGCCGAGGGGGAGGUCUCGCAGCUACGGUCCGCGCAGUGAACGCGCUGCGGGGGUAGACCGCCGGCGCUGUGAGCAGAAAAUCAGGGCCCGAGCAGAGAGCGCUUG